AUGCUGCCUGUCGCUGCACGGGACAGGUUCACCAUCUUCGAUGGCAGGCAGGAGAUGGGAGCGGAGGCAAUUGCUGUUGCCGUCGCCGCCCAAGCGCCGACGACCCGAGGAGGUGGCCCGGACGCAUGCAUGGGCGAGAUGAGGGGCAAAAUUCUCGGAAAGGCAUGGGAGAUAUUCCCCGGCCGAAUGCUUGACGCUCCAGCACGCGGCGGGAGCAGACGGAGACGAGUCGGCGAUGAUGCCAUCCACGCAGGCAGCGACGCAUCCAAGGAUAUUGUUGCCCGGGGCCGGCGCGAUGCAUGA